AUGCAACACCCUCCACCCAUAAACCCUAACCCGAAUUCGGACCCGUAUUUCACCCAUGCCUACCCAGGCUAUUCCACAAAUCCUAACCCUAAUUCUGAUCCCCUGAAACCACCCGUUUACACCGGCGUAGAUACAAGUAGUACAUUGGUUCAGCCGUACCCACCUGGGGUUGACCCCCCAUAUGUGCCCACACCUGUGACUCCAACGGUCACAUACUCGCAGCAAGCACACAGCUUUGACCCACGACAGUCUGUGGUCGCUGCUGACACUGCCGUGCCUUAUUAUCCGGACCUGAAUGCCGCCGCCGUGCAGAAUUGGGUGGCAGCUAUCUGGCAACUCGGGACAAGUCUUGGUGCAACUGGUGUAACGGUACCUUCCAGUGAUACACAAAAUUCGGUUCCUGCAAAUACCAGUUCUACCUUUUGGACUAAUCCAGAAGUUCAGUCUCAGAGAAAUAAUAAUUGGAAAAGGACCCUGAAGAAGACGAAGGUUGUACAAUCUGCAUGGUGUGAGGUUUGCAAGAUUGAAUGCAACAGUAAGGAUGUCCUUGAACAACAUAAAUUGGGAAAGAAGCACAAGAAAAAUUUGGAAAAAAUAAACAGAAUAACCAGUACAGUUGUUGCUGCAUCUGCACCGUUAAUUGGACCACAAGAGAAACAGGACAAAGACAAAGCUACCGGCGGACAAAAAACACAGAAAAGGGCAGCACAGCGAACGGAGGAUUUAGAGACAAAACGAAGAAAAGUUCUGGAAGGAGGUGCAGCGGCUGAUGCUGUGCGUGCAUGUGUUUACUGUAAUGUGGUUUGCAACAGUGAGACAGUGUUCAACCAUCACCUUGCUGGUCAAAAACAUGCUACGAUGGUGAAGAAGCAUGCAGUUGCUGGUGCUACAUGA